UAGGCUGCACUUAACCGGUUUUUGAUUGCUCCUACGAACUAUUAAUUAAAGCGUUUCGUAAAGUUAGUAGCUCAGCUUCGAGAAUUAAAGUUAAACUAUUAUCUGACCUAUUUAUACUGAUACGAUCAAUCGAUCAUGCCUGUAUAUAAGUUGAUCUACUUCAAAAGCAGAGGACGAGGUGAGAUGAUUCGCUUGGCGUUUGCAGCGGCCGGGGUUAAAUAUGAAGACUGUAGACUGACUAGAGAAGAAUUCGAGGAAUUAAAAGCCAGUAAGUUCAAAUACAUAAUUACGGGGUGUUUUAAAACCCUUCAACUAUAUUUUAAGUGUUAUUUUAUUCACAUAUGCAGUCAGUAGCGUUACCGCAGGCCUAUGGUUUCUAUAGGUAUAGGAAAGGGAUAACACUUGAUAAUCAUUUAUAGUCCGUAUUCUGUGAUCGACAGGCUCAUCCUCGCCCCCAAGGACGCAAUAGAGACCUUACGAUUUUAGGACGGCAACCGCGACGGCGACGGCCAAAACAAACUCCUUCAAAUAAAUGGUAUUCGAUAGUUCGUCGUAUAUUAUCAAUCGUAUGAAUUUAAUACAGUCUUAGAAGUUGAAGACAUGGGUUUUAAGUUUAUGGUUGGGAAGAGUUCUGCUAAACCCAGUUUGAAGUUGCACUUGUUGUGGCUUGGAAUGCAGCCGUUGUAUCAACACGUGAAAAUAUGUGAUUUGGCGUUGUAAACAGAGCGAGGACAAUGUCUAAAUUAUUCAUUUAUUGUAAUUACUCAAUUCUUUUCAAUGAACAAUUAUUGUAUUGGUAGCCGUUGCUGUUGCCGUCCUAAAAUCGUAAGGGUCUCUAAUAUCUGCCAGGGGCACUGGAAGAGCAAUGUAUAGCACAGGCCUGGGGACUAGGUUGGGAAGGACAAGGUUAUGUGCAUCUUCGUUCCCAGGGCUUCUCGGAGCCGAGAAGCCCUGGAAACGAGGAUGGGUUAUGUGAAAAAAGAAGACAUAACCUGAAUUCAGUUUUUCUUCACAAUUUACUUUCUCUGCAUUGAUACUCUUUAUAUGCACAAUUCUAAAUUGCAUAAUAAUUGGAGCUAUCUUGCCGUGUGUGAAAGGAUUUCCUAACCGUCUCUUGCGACUCUCCUCUGCAACCGCGCACAGGAGAGCUCUGAGAACGAGGUUGACAAGGGCGAGUCUGGGCUUUUUCCAGAGUAGCAUUUACGGAAUUUUUAAUUUUUUUCUUACAAAAUGCCCUUCCCUUCAACAACAUUUCCCUCCAACAAUAUUUAGUUCCCUCCAGCAAUAUUUCUUUCCAACUAUUUCCUUCCUGAGGCCAAAAUGUUCUUCUGGAAGAAAACGUGCUUCUAAUUGGAAACGCUGGUAAUCAAACACGUUUACUCCAGCCUAAACCUAGGCCUUCUAUCUUUAAUUUCAGCGUUAUUUCACACGAGAAAACUGGGAUCAAGGCGAUUUGGGGGCGGGGUGGAGAAAGGGAGAAUACCUUGUUUUCAUUUCGCGUGUGACUUCGUACUUACCAAAAGCUAGCCCAAAAUUAACCAAACCUGCGAAUGCCAGCCGAGCAAUGGGUCUAGUAGGUCUAGAGCUACGAUUGUUCUUGACUGCAUUAGCAGAUCGCAGCACCCAGCAGGCCCAAGCAGAAGGCGCGACAGCUCGUCGAUAUAGGUGAACUGCAGAAAUUAAUAAAUGCAGUAAUCUUAUGUGAAUUUCCAAUAAUAAUUAUAAAUAUGGCUUAAAUUAAUAAUUCUAAAUAGGGGUUAUCAGAGGUUACUUAAAUAUACAUAGAUUAAUAGAUAAGAAAAUGGAAUGUUGGAAGUGGAGAACUCUCCCGUCCGUUUUUUAACGACAUAGAAUUUGUAACAAUAGGAAGUUGGAAAAUUGUAUGAUAAUCCUCAUGUUUUUUAUUCUAGUUCUUGUAAAUACACACUGUAUGCAAUUUUCUAGGUGGAAUUGUACCAUUUGACCAGUUGCCAAUUCUUGAAGUUGAUGGUAAAAUACUUGCAAAAUCAAUGACCAUUUGCAAGUAUGUUGCGAGGGAAACAGGUUGGUGUGAGCAGAUACUAGUUUAUUUGCAUGCAUGCAUGCAUGGGGUGCUCCCGUGUGCACGCUGUAUGCAUGUUUAUAGGUACAGUAUAUAUACCGUACAUUGGUACCAUCUUAUUUAUACAUGAACUUGUGGUUAGAGCUACACAACUCUCUCUUUAGUCUCUGUAGCUUGGUUGGCUGAGAGCGCUGCACCGGAAUCACAGGAGGGCCGCCGGUUUUCGAUUCCUGCAAGAGGGCCGAUAGGCUCCUGGUUAUAGGUUUAAUAAAUGUAUAAGAAUUCCACUUGAUAUUUUCAUCUACCAAAUCCCUUCAGUAUAUAGGUAUAUGCCGUCCCGAAAAGUAGCGUUUUUGAUUUGUUUUGGAUAUUUUACAGUUUUGGUCUGAAAUAGGGUAUGGUGUACACCUUUUGCUCUGAACUGGGUAUGAUUUUUUAUCAUGCUUUCCCUAGCUGUCUUGGAGUGUCUUCAAAAUGGCAUUUUGUUCGAAUGUCGUGUCUGCUAAUUCCCCCCCCCCUUUUAUUUUCCAUUGGUUGUAAUUAUAGUGAUGUAUUCAUAAUUAAACCUAUUCAAUCACUCUGAAGAUCUUCAGCUAAAGACGAAACGUUGGAAUGUUUCACUAAAAUGUUAUAGAUUCCUGUCUAUAUAUGGCGUUAUUGCGUACGCUGUGCUGGCUCCUGGUUCAUUUCAAUUUUAUUGUCAGGGUGGGUUCGGAAAUAUCCCAAACCAACCUUCCACCUCAGCUGUGCUCUGUGAUCAGACGUGAGUCAUACGGUGGCAGGCCAGAGGCGCCCUUAUUAAGCAUUCGACCAGGGGUGGCGCUAGGGCUCCUUCAAGGGGGGGGGGGGGAUAAGGUAUAAUUUUGCUGAGUCGUUAGCUUGAUUUGUAUUAGCCUACUGUAUGUACACGCGCAUAUUUACUAAACUUUGGUUAACAUGGCAUAUACGUGAAUUACAUAGGCAAAAGUCUCCGAUUGACAUGUCGACUUUACUUGACAGUUUUUAGCUACGCAGAGUGCGGGGGUCCUUGAAAUCAAGAGUCUCUGAAAUUGCAUUUCCUCCAUUCUGGGGAAGAUUUGAAAUGGCUACCUCAAAGAUUGGAGCUGAUUAUAACCACAAACAGUAACUGUAAUUUCCAGCCAUGACCGCUGUCAAAGAGGAACUUCUACGUCUGCAUUUAUAUAUUAGGCUGUUGUGUUGUUUUGAACUGAUUUUUAAACUACCCGCUACGACUCGAUAGAGCACAUUUUCAAGAUAUCUAUUCACCUGACUUUUUGAAGUGUUAAGUUUUAUAUAUAAAUUCACGUUUGGUUUUAAUUCAGGUAAAUCAAUUCGAUAACCAAACAGCUUAAUUUUUGCCGAAUGAAUGCAACAAUUUGCCAACUCGUUCAUGAGUGGCGAUGUUCCACGCGCCAUCCCCUAUAGUGCCGCCUUUGCCUUCGACUUUAUUAGGUUGAGCUGCUGAAGCUGCAUCCUUCGUAAUUCAGCUCAGCUUUCAGCUGCAAGUGAGGAUGAUAAGCAUACAAGAUCUAGAAUUCAUGCCGUGCAAUGAAAGAUUUCAUUGCACAAUCAGUGAAAUGGAAAUUUCUCUUCAGUUAAACGACGUUAGUUUAAUAAAGUGUUUCUAUCAGGACUUUGGGCAUCCGACCCGAUAGAACUAAAUGUUGAAGGGUUAAAGUUUAAUUAAAUUUAUGCAGCCAUCUGUAUAAACCUUCAAUAUUUAAUUGAUUUAAUUUUGAGUGUAAAUUAUAUACGCUAUAUUACUAUCUGUUUAUUAUUCAACAAGGGUUUGCUCCGACAGAAAGUUUUGAAGUCGCAAAAGCUGACAUGAUCGUGGACGGUAUCGAUGAUCUGACGGACAAAGGAGUACAAGUUUUUAUUGAAAAAGAUGAAGAGACAAAGGUAAUGUUCCUUGUGGGUAUCAAUCAAUUUAAGCAAUUAUGGUUUAUUUGCCAAAAUAGUAAACUGUUAAGUUAUUUACAAAAUAAUUAUAUAAAUGUAAACAGCGGUAGGCGAGGAGACCUCAAGAAGCUAGAAGAGGCCAUCCCAUCUUAACAAAAGUUUGUUUCAGAAAUUUGUUUGUUUAAUGUUUGUUUCAGAAAACCAUAAAUCGCCAUUUCACUCAAAUUCGAAACAGCGUGUUAUAAGUGUUUUAUCAUUAUAGCAAGUGUCAAAGUUUGUUUCAUAAUUCACCGGUUUUAAUUUUGACAGGUCAAUAGUUGUUUCAUUGUUGACCGGUUGCCCCCUCACCAAAACAUGCAGUGAACAUGACGUUUUGUGGAUCGGCACGUGAUAUAGCCUACGGUGUAUCACACGUAAAAACGCACAACUUGUAACAAACCUGCAGCAGACUUGUAGCAAGUCUGCACCAACAACUUGUUCACAAGAUGUGCUCGCACUGGUUGUCCCAAGCUUGUUGUGACAGACUUGUAGCAACUUGUCGACGGACUUGUAGCAACUCUGUCGUGACGAUGCUGUAGCAAGCUUGUUGGCAUCAAGUUUGUAGCAAGCUUGUCAACUGACUUGGAGCAAGUUUGUUGGAACAAUGCUGCAGCAAGCUUGUCAAAUUCAAUCCGUAACAACCUUGUUUCAUCAAGCUUGUAACAAACAUGGCGACUCGUGAAAAAUCCCGCGGGUAAAAAAAACACGCGUGUGAAUAUCACUUCGCGUGUUUUCCCGGGGGGUGUCAACAAUAAAAAAUAGACAACACAAGUUUGGUGUAAAAAAUCGUAUAUUUUGAAAAGAACAUACAAGGAAUCAAGGAUUAGUAAAUAAAUACAAACUACAGAGUUAAAGUACAAGGUAAGAUUGUUAUAAACAUAUAUUUAGCAUGCAUUAGAACAAUAAGCUGCAUUUUCUGAGUCAGUAUAUAAAUAUAAUACUGAAAAUAAAACAUAUUCCUAAAUUGAAAACACUUCUAUUUUGAGCAAUAUUUAUAUUUAUAAACUACAUAUAUAAACAUAUCGUCAGACUGUCAUUUCAAAAUUUGUUAUUGUUGUCCCAACAGAAACCAUGGCAGCAUUUUAUCAAUUUAUAUAACCUGGUUGUGUGAUGUUACUCUGAUUGUAUAUCCACACCGGGCAGGCCUGAAAAGUGAAAAUAUGCCUGGCCAGGGUGGGAAUCGAACCUAUGACCUUUGAAAUAUUAGCCCGAUGCUCUGCCAACUGAGCUACGCGGUCAAGACGGUUCGAGUAUGCAAUAUUUCAGAACUGAGUCUAGUUCCUUCGAUAUCAGUGUAAUCUAAUAAUCAUGAUAUUUGCUGUGUUGGUGUAAUGUACUCAGGUGAAUCAGAUGCUUGUGUGAUGUUACUCUGAAUGUAUAUCCACACCGGGCAGGCUCGAAAAACACUCAGAGUAACAUCACAGAAGCAUCUUAUUCACCUGAGUACAUUACACCAUCACAGCAAAUUUAGAUAACCAUUACUCAAGUACUUAAUUAACUACUAUUUGACAUAUUUGUGAGAUGAUUUUACUCAAUGGGUUCAUACUCAUGGAUUUUUUAUUAAUUUCAAUCCUGAGCCAUGUCGGGAAUGUAUUUCCAUGUCUCACCAAGAUAAAAUCUGUUUAUCAGAUAUGUUUUGUUAGCCAUAUCAUGCUGAAAGACACACCUUUCUGUUGUCACCAUCUCUCUUUCUUCAGCACAGUGAUGAUCAGUGAUGGUGAAGGCACAUCUGUGAUCGCAGUUGUGGACCAUGUUGACCUUCUCCAACACAGCGUUGGCUCUAACAAGCGCCUUUCCUUCUGUUUCCUCAAGAAUGGGAGAUCGAAACUUCCCAUGAAGAACAUCACCAUCAGCUGCUCUUAGAGGGGUGUAUGGUGUUAGCAGAACCCAAUUUGCUGGCUGUUCUUCGUGGGAGAAUUGCACUGAUGUGCAAAAUCGUCCAAAACAUAUCUGAAAUGCAAUGGUAUGCUGUUGAAAUUUUUAGCUGUUAAAUAUUCUGUUGACCCUACAGUUACAUUUUAAUAAACCUUAUAAAUGCAUUAUGAUGUAUUCUUAUUGUUCGUGGCCAUUAUAAUCAGAAUGCUUAGUGAGUUUUUAACAGAAAAAGAUAGCAAAUACAUGCUAAGCAUUCUGGUUGUAGUGGUCACACACAGCAAGAAUAUUUCAUAAUGCAUAAGGCCUAUCGUUCAAAAUUUUGAUAUGUAAAGGGCUAAAACAGCAUUUUUUUAUUGUGGACUGGGGAUUUGUCAAACAAGUUGAUGGCUUUAGCCCCCCCAGGCUUCCUCAGAAGAAUUGAAUUUCCACCACUGUGGCAGUAUCAAAUACAAAUGUGAUAGCAUUGUAAUUAUAGUACCUCAUCAUUGAGGUUCAUAUAUGCGAAGGCUUCUCCUUUCUGGACCAGUGUUCUGUUUUGUGCAAUACAGCCUUUAAACUGUUUACACUGGGGUGGAAUAUGGACAUCUUGAGCUUCAAUGUCAUCUUGCAGAGCAAUGAUGGGUAAGAUGUCCUCCGUUUGCAUCAUUUGUAGUCUGUGAUUCUUAUAUGUUCCCUGUGAUCAUAGUAAAAAUAAUUUUAUAAAUACUUAAAUUAUGUGAAAAUUUGUUUGAUGUCUGACAAGCAAUCCACUGGUAAUGGCAAUAUACAGUAUAUUAAUGAAUGUAUGAUAUAUAUACUAACCAGCCUAAGGCUUCCAGGUUGGUAGAUUUGUUUGUGUGACUGACUGCAAUUGGCAUCGACCUGGUACAUAAACUUCUGAAUCACUGGCAGUUGACUUAGUCGGAUUAUUUCUUGUGAAGCAGAUGUUCUAAGUAUAGUUAAGGAAAAUUUAACAAUACAGAUUAGGUAUGAGAUUUAAUUCCACUUGUGUUGACAUAACUCUAUAUCAACACGAAAAAAGUUUUAUAAUUAUUAAAUUGCACAUGACAUUCUUACGCUGCUCUCUUACACGGUUGUCUAUUUAAUAAAGUGGGAUAACUAUAUAAAUAACCUGUUGUCCGUUCCCCAGCGACCUCCAUUGAUCAAAAACUUCAGGACAUGGUGUUGGAGUAAUCGCUCCCCAAUAUCCUUACUGCUUCCGUGACGAUUUGAAUACACAUUAAGGGUUCUUAUCACAGAAUUAAACGCUUCAAAUCUAAAACAAUUUAGUAAAGAAUGUCUUCAGGAUGGUAUAUAUUAUAUUAUAUUAUUUUAAAUCCGGAGAACUUCUACAAUUAUUGAAUCAUAUAUAUAUACUGUAUAUAUAGUUUUUGUCUUACCUAAAAAAAACACAACGGUUCGUUUCAACCGUUAUAGAAUCAUACGGAUGAUUGGAUGAAACAGACUGUUGUGUUUUUUUUUAGGUAUAAGACGAAAAACUAUAUUACGCUCUAUUAUUUGCGAUUAUACCAUAUACUUAUAUAUGUAUAUUACAUCUUGCCACAGAAUACCUUUCUGUGUUAAAACCAGCUGGUGGACCAAAGUCUAACAUUUCGUCUUGCAGGUGCAAUAAAAGGUGAAACUUUUGUUUUUGCAGGAGCUCUGGGUGAACUUCGCUUAAGCAUUCUAUCAUUUGUUGGAUGAGUAGUGUGACAUUCUCGUUGUCCUCCAUGUCAACUUGCGAUCCAUAUGCCAAUGCAAAAGUCUUCAUAAGUGUAAAGAAGUGCAAAUUCACAUCAUGUAAAGGUAAUAUUAACAGCAGCCUAGUAUACAGUAUAUAUAGAGAAUGAUACAUGGGAGCGCGGAAAUACCAGAUUUAUUUCGAGUGUUGAACAUGAUAUCUCACGAGUGAGCGCAGCGAACGAGCGAGAUAUCAUGUUCAAAACGAGUAUGAGUAGAGUUCAUCCGUAUGGGAAUCAUCAGACCUGACCAGUAAAUGAUUUCAAAAAUUUAGGUUGCUUUUAUGCUAUCGAAAGAAUGCGUAGGUGAAUGGACGCGAUCAUUGUUUCACCUACACAUUCCAUUCACCUACGCAAUCUUUCGACAACAUAAAAGCAACCUAAAAUUUCUUGAUUUUCUUGACUGAACAUUUUCUUUUUUAGCUAAAACGAAAAACUAUAUAUAAUUUUAUAUGGCUUAUUAUAAUGGCUUUAUAGUCUGAGCGCGCAAAAUUAAUUGGUCCUUCAUUUGUACUUACUUCACUUAGAUAUAGCCAGACUUCGAGUUCCUCGGCUGAGAUCAACCCAUCGAGUAUAAAAACGGAUAUCUGAGCCCAGAGCUUAAAGUCACGGCCAACGCAGGAACCAUAAUUUUUAACGAAGCUACCUGGUAGACGUCUCUGAAAGGCGGAAAAGUCGAAUGCUUCGAUCUUGGCUUGGACCUUUUUCUUGUCAGCAACGCUUAUGUUCUUCAUGGUUUUCGUGACAAGAUACUUGACAGGACCAAGAAGGAUAGUAUGGAGAACCUCGACAGGUGUUUGUCUACAUACGUAUGAAUGUGAUUAUGAGUUUUCCGAACCUGUCAUUAAAGUGCUUAUGAAACGAAAUUUUCCCCACAUUUUUUAUGGUUGUGCUACAAGAACUGCAUGAGUGAUGUUGAAUGGCGUUUACAAUUUAUGUAUAUCUCAUCUCGUUCUCAAGUUAUCGCGCGUUGAAUAUUUCGAGUUGUGACGUCACAAGUGUGACUUGAGAUAGUGGCAAUAACUAGAAAGUGUAAUAUCUUUAUUGUAAUUUUAUAAAAUUCAAUGAAACUUGUCAUAGCCAAUUAGCCAAAAUACUGCCAAUUGUCAGCCUACAGGUGGCUAAUAAAAUGACGGAAUACAAAAGAAAGGUAAACAUCAUAGCGCGCAAAGGAUCACGGUUGACUGUGAUUCUUUAAAGAGAUGGGAUAUGAAUAAACUGUAAACGCCAUUUUCCAUUAUUCAAGCAGUACUUCUUGUCAAAACAGUAAAAGAGGAGGAAAAGACUUCGUUUCAUAAGCACUACACACGUGAAAACGUACAACUUGUCAACAAGUGUAAUAAUAGUAAUAAGAUCAUUUUAUACGCACUCGAAGAUUUUGUAAUUUUACGUGGAGGAAUUACACAUAAUGAGUAGAAGCUGCUUACUUUAUUGCGUCAUAACUUGAUAAAAUAUCGAACUGUCCACCUCGUUCUGUGGUUCCUGUCGACUUCCUUAUCUCCUUUUUCUGUCUUUCGCUUCUAUGGAAAAGACCCGUGAAUGUGAAUGCAAACAAAUUUAUUUCCUUGGAACGUGUACAAAAGAUAAUCAUGGUAAAUUUUACUAACGCAGCGGACAAAACGUUUUUUCUAAACCUAUAUACCUUACUAAUGUAUUAAAAUUCGCGCAGUACUAAUUCGCGCAGCGCUGCAGAUAAAAAAUACUUAUUAUAAACACUUUAAUUGUUAAUAGUUCAAUUAAACAAGCAAAAAAGACAUACGGACACGGCUAAUUACUAAAUUAACACUUAUAAACACUUUAAUUGUUAAUAGUUCAAUUAAACAAGCAAAAAAGACAUACGGACACAUCUCAACAAUGUGCGCGAAUUCAGUAAAGCUCAACGAAAAUGAGUAGGACGCGAAUAUUAUAUACACUGUCAAGUAAGUUAGUAAGGUAGGUUUAUGCUCAACCUUACCCUGCCGCGGCUAUCCUUCCAAUCGUUCUCUGGACGUCUUCUGGUGUACGCAAAACGCCAACUUCUACUCCUUCUCCUUUUGUUGCCUAUUGAAUAACCAUAAAUAUCUUUAGGUAAUAAUCGCAAGGGCGCAAGUAAUUUUCCCCGAAUUAAAGGGAUAUGGCAAUAUAUUUUUUUAUUAUUUCAUUUUAAAGAACUUUUAAAAUUAUAUGUUAAUCUCCU